GGUGUUUGGCUCGAGGACGCCCUGGUCGUGGUCGUAGCCGCCGCGGGAGCUCGCUCGGUGUGUCCGGGCCUGAGGAGGGGCCGCCGCCCUCGGGGAGGGGAGGAGAUUUGGAGAUUAGACUGGAAACCAAGGAGCCCACUUCAAGUUUGGCAUUUCUCUGAAAGAAUCAGACUUCCCUGUGUCUCCAAAUUGGAAGUAAGCCUUGGGUCAUAGAGGCAGCAGCACAACAGGAAAAACACAUUUGGCAAAUAAGUCAGCCAAAGGAAGCCUAUUUGAAGAUAAGAAAUAAAGUAGAAUCUUCAAUAGCCAGUCCUUCAUCUACAACGCAAAGUAUCUUUUACAGACAGUCUCCACAGAUGUGAUACACAGAAAGAACUCUAGACUAUUUAAACAGUUAAAAGAAAUACAGCAGAAUCAGCUCAAAAAUGAUAUUUUCUAAGUAUAACGAUUGUGGGAAAUCCUUCAGUUAUAAUUCAGACCUUAUUGACUAUCAUAGUCUAAAUACUGAAAAGAAACCUUUUGAAUGUGGGAAGGCCUUCCAAUGGAGAACUCAGCUUACUCAACAUCAGAAAAUUCAUACUAAAGAGAAACAUUAUGAAUGUGAUGAAUGUGGAAAGGCCUUCUACAAGAGGACACAGCUUACUCAACAUUGGAGAAUUCAUACUGGAGAGAAACCUUAUGAAUGUACUGAAUGUGGAAAGACCUUUCGACAGAGUGCCCAUCUUACUCGCCAUCAAAGAAUUCAUACUGGAGAGAAACCUUAUGAAUGUAGUGAAUGUGGAAGGGCCUUCAACCACAGCUCAUCCCUUGCUUCGCAUCAGAGAAUUCAUACUGGUGAGAAACCUUAUGAGUGCAGUGAAUGUGGGAGGGCCUUCAACCACAGUGCAUCUCUUGCUGCCCAUCAGAGAAUACAUACUGGAGAGAAACCUUAUGAAUGUAAUGAAUGUGGCAAGGCCUUCCGCCAGAGCACGGAACUCACUCGACAUCAGAAAGUUCAUACAGGAGAGAUAUAUGUAUGUAACGAAUGUGGAAAGGCCUUCCACCAGAACUCACAACUUAUUUGCCACCAGAGAAUUCAUACUGGAGAGAAACCUUAUGAAUGCAAUGAAUGUGGGAAGACCUUCAACUACAACUCAUCCCUUGCUGCCCAUCAGAGAAUUCAUACUGGAGAGAAACCUCAUGCAUGUCGUGAAUGUGGUAAGGCCUUUUGCAAGAGGACACAUCUUAUUCAACAUGAGAGAAUUCAUACUGGAGAGAAACCUUAUGAAUGUCAUGAAUGUGGCAUGUGCUUCCGCCAGAGUGCCCAGCUUAGUCGCCAUCAGAAAAUUCAUACUGGAGAGAAACCUUUUGAAUGUAGUGAAUGUGGGAGGUGCUUCCGCUUGAGUGCUGGUCUAACCAGACAUCAGAGGCUACAUAAUUGAGAGAAACUUUGAGGGAGACUUGUGCCACAGCAAACACCUUAUUCAACACCAGUUCUUAGUGAACAAAAAAACCUGAUGACUGGCAUAGGGCUAUUUUCCCCUUUAAAAUUUAUUGAUACAUCUUUUCACAAUAGAUCUAUCCUGACAAAUACCUAAAUACCCUUAUAACACAUUCUCAAAAGUUUUUCACUUGUUAACAAAAGGAGAGAUUUAUGCUUAUAUUUUAUAUAUUAUUUUACUAACAUUGACUACUGUAUUUGACAAGGGUUUUGUUUUCCUCUGAGUGCUGAUUUUAUUUACGUCAUUGAGUUAUUUAUGUCUGUUGGUGCUUUGACUCAACUUUCCUUACUCUGCCAGUUUUCAAGCACAUCUUCCCAAGUUUCUUCCACUUAAUCUUUGUCAUCCCUUGCAGCCCAGUGAUAUCCUGCAAUAUUUGUAUACUAGUUUGUUCAAUCAUUCCCUGAUCACUGGGGAUAUAUUUUGUUUCUAGCUUUUGUUACCGCAUGUGAUGUAGCUCAGAACUUGUUUAUUCAGAUUGGUCCUAUCGGUAUAUCCCCUGAGGGUGGUUCCAGUAUUGGAAUCUGUGGGUUAAGGAGAUAUUAACAGUUUAGGAAAUUUCUUAUUAAUUCCUCAUUUUUUGUUGUGGUUGAGCUCAUUGACAGCUCCAUGAAACAUGCUUGUCUUUUUGUAACCUCUCUAACAAUGAGUUAGUUGCGCUGUCUUCUCUAACUUGAUAUGUGAAAGGUAAUUCUUUGGAUAGUUUUCAUUUCAGUUUGCCUGAUCACAAGGGUCUCUUGAACAUUUUUUUUCAAGUACUUGAGCAUUUGUAUUUCUUUUGAAAGAUUUUCAUAUAUUUUGACCACUUGUCUUUUGGGAACAAGUGUUAACCUAUAAACUUAUGGCAGUUGCCGUUUGGUUUUAAAUGUUAGACUGCUCUUAGAGAUAUUUAAUGGAAAGACUUUUCACCCAGGAUCUUUUCUUUUGAGUCUAGCUGCAGUAAUUUUAUUUAUGCAAAUCUUUUAAACUUUACAUAAUCCUAAUUGUGGUUUUUUUUUUCCUUUUGUGACCUAUCCUGUAAAUGAUAAUUUCCCUCUUUCCAUAGUUGUGAAAUAAGUAGGCUUCAGUUCUCCUUUAGUUUAGUUUUUUUUAAUGGUGUGACUUUUUAUGUUUGGAUGAUAUCCACUGGGAGUUUUUUGUGGAAUGUGGCAUAAUAUGCUUAUCGAAACUUUGUUUUAAACCAUACUACUUUCCAUUUUUCUCAAUAGUUUAUGUACUUUUUAGUUUACCAAAUUUUACUGUGUACAUUUUUUCCUAAGUAUUACUUAUCUACUUUGUCUCAUUGAUCUGCUUUUCUAUAUUUUGUCCAGCACCGGAUUGUUUUGAGAAUUACUGCUUUGAUAUGGACAUAGAUCCUUCAGAUAUUUGCUUUAUAUACUUUGAGAUUUGGUAGUACCAAUCCACCUUUAAUCCUAUUCUUUUUCAUUAAUGUUCCUUUUCACAAUGAUUGCAUUUAUAAAAUUUUUCUUUCCACUGUGGACAGAUAUUGAUAUUAUGGUUUUCAUAGAGAAGCCUAGAGGCUGGAUGGAAAAAAAAAAUUGUAUUUGUAAAGUAGCUGGAUACAAAAGAAAUUCACUGAAUUCAUCAGCUUUUAUGUAUGUUAAUAAAAGUCAGGAGAAGGGAUUGGAAGCAGAAUUCUAUUUAAGAUCAAAUAAAUAGGGAUUAACCUAUAAAGACACACACACAGAGGACUAAAAAUAGAACUACAAGACUUUUUACAGGAAUAAAAGAAGAUCUGGAUGAUUGCAGAGAAAUGCAGCGUUCUUGAAUAGACUGUGCCAAUAUAAUAGUAAUGUUAAUAACCAAAUUUCAGAGUUGAUGACAUACCAGGAUAUUUAAGGGAUACUUAUAGAAUUAGACAAAAUUCAUUUGCAAGACAAAAGGUCAAGAAUACCAAGGAAUAUCUGAAAAAUAAUAAAAAUGUAACAUUGGGUAUUACAUGCCAUUUAGGAAAAUUCGUUGACACCUGCAUGGAAAUUGAACUCUGGCAGUUGACAAACAUCUAUGGUGACAUUUCUAUCUAGAAGAACCUUCCUAUACUAUAGACUGAAAGAGGAAUUAUGAUGAACUUCAUGAUUUGUUUCCUAGAAACGAAUGCAGAUUGCAUGAUACCUGAACCUUUGGGGAACUUAUACAACGUGGGCUUCUGAGAGUGAGUGAGUGAAUGGUUAGAGGAUAUUGCUUAUUGAUUUAAUGAUUUUGAUUUAUUUUCUUGGCCUCUCUCUACUCUAUAUUGGUUCAUCCUAUGUUAUACUCCUAUUUCACUGUAGCUGUUAUAUGUCUUGUUGAUUUUUUGGUUAUGUUUAGACUAUGAGAUUAGAAUUCAGAGGAAUUUUAGUUCUGUAAGUCUCAGUAAGACCUUGGGGAGUCAUAGAACCUGUCUGUGCCUCAUUUUCUUCAUUUGUAUAAUGAAUAGAUUGGGUUACAUAACCUAGGAGUUUCUUUCCAGCUGUAAAUCUAUGAUCCUGUGAAUGAGAUAUGGGGCUGGAAACUCAGGAAGAGAAGAAAAGUGGUGAAAACUUUAAAUAUAUUGAAACGUUGAAUAAGGACAAAGGAUGCAUCUUCUACUAAUUAAUCACAUGCUCUGUUCUAGCUUCAGACCAACUAGGUGCUAGCUAAUGUUGACCUAAAGCUAUAUUUAACCAAGUUCAUAUAGUUUGCUGUUUAUUAAAAUAAUUGAAUAGCCUCAAUGCCAUUGUGUAGAGUAGAAUGCAUUGGGCCAGGUUGCAACUUCCCUGUUUCACCCUGGAGUUAGGCAUUCAAUUCUACCUACUACUGGGUUAGCAAUAGUCUCACUAACAAGAGAAGGCCAGAUUGGUACUAGAAAUUACUGCUAUGAUAAACCAUCCACUCAGAAUGGGUUCUAGCAGCAGGCUACUUACAGCAGUAUAUAGAGAAGAUAUUUGGAAGGUCCAGUGUUGUUCUGAGGAGCACAUCUGAACACUGGCUACCAUCGAGGGACUUUAUGGGAGCGAUGGGAAAAGUGGCAGAAGUGGCUCAAGGGUGAUGGGGUUGGAUUUUUCUUGAAAGUUCUAAUUGUUUUCCUCCACUUAAAAGGGGCAAUUCCUCGCCCACCCAAAAUGUCAGUAACCACAGGCCUCUGAUACCCUUUGCCUAGUAAGAAGAUAAAUUGAAUGGCAUGAAAAUUCAGAUUCUCAACUUUACCCAGGAGCAAAGCAAGAUUAAAAGAAUUUAGGCUGAGAAAAAUCAUGAAAGAUUAGUCUGUAAUUUAACGGUACCAUGAAAGUACCUUCUUCCUGUCAGAAGAAAGGUUAAAAAAUAUUUAGGACUCUGCAAGGUGGCAGAAAACGAAGAAGAUGAAGUUUAUCUCGAAAACCAACUCAGAAAUUGUUACAAAUGCCAAAUUUCUGUGAUGUUCUUUUUCUUGUCUCUCUUGGUUACAUCAUGUGUUUUCAUAGCUCCUUGGGCCAGUAGCAUUUCUCCUAGCAACACCAUCCUGAUUCUCCUGAAAAUGACGUUCUCUUAUUCCCCGAGCCACAGAGCCUACUUCUAAGUGAUGCCAGGACUGGCUGCCAGAGGCCUUUAGAUAACCAGGGCAGCAGCCAUCGGGAUAGCUCUCUGGGACCUGAUAGGGCUUGCCAAUUGCUAUAAUUUCUCCUCUCUUUAUGUUUUGUAUAAAUGGCGGUGGCAGCCUUAGUGCUAUCAAAAGCAUGUACUUCUCUAAUGGUCUAUUACAGCUGUAAGACAUGAGAGUGGAAUGCCAAGGAGUGACUCUGUUUACCUUUUGUAUAGUAGACACAGAUUGCAUGUCUCACGGUCCCCUUAAGUGUCUGUUUCCCAGGAAUCUCUUAGGUCAUGGCUUCCCCACCAGAAAUAGGGAAAGCAUGAGCCACUUGGCCUGACCUGUGUCUUUCUGCAGCUGUCCUGUGCAAGGCAAGCCACAGAGCUCAGGAUCCAGGUUCCCUGUACUCUUGGACCCUGUGGAAACUAGCUUCAGAGAAAAAAAAUGAUUUAGAACAAACUCACCUUUGUCAGUAUUGUCUACGCGUCCCAUCUCAUUAGUGGGUGUGGAAGCAGAGUGGUCCUGAGUCAUUCUGCAUGCUUGGAGAUUGGUCAGGCUGCUGGACCACAUUUCUGCGUGGCAUUGUCAGUGGGGCUAAUUAUGCCUCGGGUGCUGCUUCAGCACCUGCAGGAAGCUGCAUUCACUGUUGAUGGAACUGCUGAUCGAUACCUAGUCCUGCCUGCAAUAAACCAUACUUCAU